AUAAAAGGAUAAAUAAAUGUAUCAUAUUUCAUUAAUGGAGCGUAUACAGUGAUAGAUGUGUGACGUAUCGAAUGACGAUGAUAGUGCUGACAAUGACCCGGAUGAAACAUGGACACCACCAUCUGCCAUAUCCGAAAACGAAAUAAAACAAUUAAAAGCUACCAACAACGAAUUAGUUAAUAAACUACAGAAUCUUGAAGCAAAGUACGCAGAUGAGAGACAGGCUAAAUAUGACGCAGAAAGACGGGCAGACAUUGCUGAGAAGAAACAGGAGACUUUACAAGAUAGACUUGAAAGGGAAACUGAAGAUAACGAAAAACUUUCAGACAGAUUAAGACAACACCACGAAGAUUCCAAUGAGAGAAUAAAAACGUUACAAACAAAACUAGAGGAAACAGAGAGCAACCACCAGCAGCUGAAAGACAAUCAUCUCCUGGAGACCAGAGAAAACUCUCUAUUAUCAAAGAAGGUUAUCGAACAACAAGAGGAAUAUGAUGCAAUAAUCAAGAAAUUAGUUUUAGAACUUAACGAAACAAAAACAGAACUUCUGAACGUACUAGACAAAUGUCAAGAGUUACAAAAGACAGAUUAUUAG